AAAAGAAAACGGAGUUGGCCCGAAUCAAUUAACCCGAUACUAUCAGUCGGGACGCGUGCAAACGACGCCGAGAUCUUUUUGGUCUUGUAAAUUAACAAGCACCUUCAUCGCGAAUCUCUCCUCCUGCUCAUUGUCUUACACCUGCUCUGUUUCAGUAUCGUCGUUGUCUCUCUGCUAAUCAACAAUGGCUGACCCUGAAUUGGAAGCUAUUCGGCAAAGAAGGAUGCAGGAGCUAAUGGGCCGACAGGGAGCGGUUAGUGAUAGCCUUAGUACAUUCCCAUGAAUGAAUCUUGUCUUCAAAACUUCUGUUUUCUUGUUAGACUCACGUACUAAAACUAUGGUAAACUAGGGAAACUCACAAAGCUCAGACCAGCAAAAAGCCCAGGAGGAUGCUAAGAGGUAUCUCUGUCUUUGUGUAGUUUAGCUUAAUUUUUGUCUUAUAAUAUUGUCCUUUUUUUCUAUGAACUAGUUACUGUUUCUUCAUUGGAACUAAUUGAUGCAUCGAUUCAGGGAGGCUGAUGAAAGAAGGCAGAUGAUGCUGAGCCAGAUUUUGACAUCUGAAGCACGAGAAAGGCGUAAGUGAGAAUAGAACGUUGAUUUUUAUUCUUUUUUUCUUUUUCCUGGUCAUUGCAAUUGUAGGUAUCUUAUGUCUGUAGAGCUUGAUGGCUUUCUUAAGGGUCUCACAUCUCUGAGUAAUCUCUUUAUUUAUUGUUUGUGCUUCACUCCCACAUUGCUUUUUAAGUGAUAUGCUUAUAGAACAUCUACUAGUCUUUUUUUCUUAUGCUUAUCCCCUCUUUUCCCAUUUGUUGUGCCUGUUCCCUGUUUAAAUUUUUCAUGUUGGAGUUAUUGUCUGUUGCGUAAGUUGAAUCUAAAAUUUUAGUCAUAUUGUUGUGUGAACUUCCUAUCUUUAAGUUCUCUAAAUAAUUGAAGGCCUAACUUUCUCUAAAUUGGUUUCUCUCUUCAAGAUCAUUGCGCUAAGUUAGGGUCAUGGUAGGAGGUUCAGGGAUGCCAUUAGAGAAUCACCAUUUUGUUGUAGGUGCUUGUCAUUCAAUCAAAAAAUUGUUUAUUUACUCAUACAAUGUGAACUCUCUUACGGAAAAAAUUAGGGUGUACAUCAUUUGUAUGGGGCAAAGGGAAUGGAAAUGGAAUGAAAACUAUUGCUGGGUAGACCAAAAUCAUUCCAUGAGUUUCCCACCCCAAUCCUAGUUUAUGGGUGUCCACCAUACAUCAAAAUUUUUCAGGUGUUUCUGUCACCAGUCUUCUGGUUAUCUACAGUUUCUUGGGCUACAAUGAAUCUCAGCCUUUCUUUUUUCGUAAAUUCAGUCGCUCGAAUUGCGUUGGUGAAGCCAGAGAAAGCUCGAGGUGUCGAAGAUGUUAUCAUUAGAGCUGCUCAAAUGGGGCAAAUUGCUGAAAAGGUUUCCGAGGAGAGGCUGAUAACGUUGCUCGAACAAAUCAACACUCAAACUACUAAACAGACUAAAGUGACAGUAAGUGGCACCCUUUUGCAACCUGACCCAUUCUUUCUGUACCUUUCAUUAAUGUACACUGGCAUGACUUGUUAUUGUUAUCUCUCUUCUAUGAAAUUACUAGAUCCAACGACGCCGAAAUGUUCUCGAAGACGACGAUUAGAUUGGUUGGGAUCUGCUUGUAUUCUGGUUGCUCUGCUCAAGACGCAGCCUUAUGUAUCUUGUGUAACGGGUUUAAGAGUGCUUUGUUGUUGAGGGGAGAAUUUUAUAUCGAAUAUGGCACUCCCAAGGACAGAUAAAUGUUCAGUAUCUUCUCUCACUUAAAUGUCUCCCUCUCGAAUUGCUGGUGUUAUUAUAGUUUGUACACUGUUGUAAUUAAAUAACUGAUGAUUCGAUUUGGUGACUCAAAAAGUGUCGGCGACGACGUUGUCCUGGAUCUUAAACCAGUUGCAGAAGUCGGCAUGGGUUGACAGACACUUAUUUUGGAUUCUGAAACAAAGCUUAAACAAUUACACAGCUCCCGGUCACCUGCAAAACAAUUUUAUAUUUUACUGCGCUACUUAUAAAGGGUGUUUCUGUCUAAAAUAAAC